AUGGAAUACGCAAAUCUUGGAAAGACUGGUCUUCGUGUCUCACGCAUUUGCCUUGGCUUCAUGUCUUAUGGUGAUGCUCGCUGGAACGGCUGGGCAAUGGACAUUGAAGAAUCGCUUGAUUUGAUCAAGAAAGCAUACGAUGCUGGUAUCAACUUUUUCGAUACUGCCAACGUAUACUCCAAUGGCAAAAGUGAGGAGAUCCUUGGCAAGGCCAUCAAACAAUUCAACAUGCCGCGUGAUCGUAUUGUUGUUGCCACCAAGGUGUACUUUCCUGUCAGAGAGGGAUAUGAAAUGCCCAAUCCACGAACCCAAUUCAAGGAUCCAGCACUUGUCAAUCGCUGUGGUCUUUCGCGAAAACACGUCUUUGAUGCAUGCGAUGCAUCGCUCAAACGUUUGGGUCUGGAUUAUAUUGACUUGUAUCAGAUCCAUCGUUUUGAUAAGAACACACCCAUUGAAGAAACCAUGGAAGCAUUGCAUGACUUGGUCAAAUCUGGCAAGGUGCGCUAUAUUGGUGCCAGCAGCAUGCACGCUUGGGAGUUCCAAAAAGCCAAUCACAUUGCUGAAAAGAAUGGAUGGACCAAGUUUAUCAGUAUGCAAAACCUGUACAACUUGUUGUAUCGUGAAGAAGAACGCGAGGUGAUUCCUUACUCGCUUGAUGCUGGUAUCGGUGGUAUUCCAUGGUCCCCCUUGGCAUUUGGCGUAUUAGCAUGCAAGAACAGGAACACCGCACGUUCGCAAAAUGAUUUGGCUGUGGGUCUCUUGCAAAUCAGAGAGUCCGACCAAAAGAUCCUUGAUCGCUUGGUGGAAGUCGCUGAAAAGAAAAAGGCUAGCCCUGCACAGAUUGCCCUUGCGUGGUUGCUUUCCAAGCCAUUUGUCACAGCUCCAAUUGUAGGUAUCACUAAGGCCGAGUAUUUGGAUGAUGCUGUUGGUGCGCUCAAGAUUAAUUUGACUGAGGAUGAGUGCCAAUAUCUCGAAGAGCCAUAUGCUCCAAGACCCUUAAUCCCAAUGUGA